GCGGCCAUCAACAGGAGGACCAUAUCCCACACACGCAUAUGAUCGGUGCGCUGUGUGUGUCGUCUCCACCCCCGCUUCUUCUCCUCUUCCUCCUCCCGCUGUCCGCUCUCGCAUAAGCCAACUCGAACCAGCGAAGGCUAGCUAGCGCUUCCGCCAAGCCUGCAGGCCACGCCGGCCGGAACCGAUUGCUCUGAUUGAUUGGUCAAUCAGUCAUCAGGCCGCAAUCGUAUAGCUCAUCAGCUGAGCGAAGACACUGCUGCUAGCUGCAGGGCGGGCGAGAGCUCAUCUCCACCGGCCGGCCGUCGGCGGCUCAGCGCUUUGCAGGGGCGGCGCGCGCGCUCCGGCCGACGGCGAAGCGAAGCGAAUUAAGCGGCCGAGAGGCGGGUUGUUGUUGUCCCAUCGUUAGCCAUCAAUCAUCGUGUGAUUGAUAGGGAAGCUUCCUCUUUCGUGCAGCGUACGUGCGUCCUCCCAGAAUCCCUGCGCCAGUCGUUUCGGCGGUUCAGCUUCCGUUCCUGCUGGUUCCUUCCUUGUUGCAUCGGCGGCGGCGGCGCGCGGCGGCGAUGGACGCUACCUUUGGCUGCUGGGCCGGCGCCGGCCACCAUGUUGACGAGUACUUGUCGCGCCAGGCUGCUGGAUGCGGUCGGCUCGACAUGGUGGACGAGGCCUUCCUCGGGGCGUGCUUUGGCCAGCUCCAGUGCGACGGGGCCCUUACUACUGCCGCCGGUGGCGUCGACGCCGGGGCGUGCCAGCUGGUGAGCUCGAAUGCGGGUGCCGUCCAAGGCGGCGCCGGUAUGGACGGUGACCCGCUCGCGUUCUUGAGCGCGGGGACGGGGGACGUCUUCGACGCGGGCCUUCUCGACGCGGCGCUCGCGUUCACCAGGGAGCUCGGCGUCGGCGUCGUCGGCGACGGCGGGGCCGCGUCGAACGGCGCCUUGCUCUCCAGCUACGAUAGCGGCACCACCGGCGGCAACAUAUCCUCAGGGGAGUCAAACAACUACAGCGGCGGCGGCGGCGGCCAUGACGCCGAGGUGGUGUCACCGACCACGGCGCCGCCGCCGCCGUUGACGUUUACCCACCACGCGUCGUCCAACUCCCAGGCCCAGCAGGCGGCGCACCACGCCAAAAGGAAGGUGACCGAUGAGUACCCGGCGACAACGACAACGACAACCGCAGCACCGCCACCGGCGUUCCCGCUGCCCGGCGGCGGCGGCGGCGCGAAGCGGCGUGCAGCGACGAGCAUCAGCUUCGGCGGCGGCCACGUCCCCAGCUGCGGCGCGGCCGCGGCCGGGUACGAGCCGGACAUGGAGGCGAUGGCGCAGGUGAAGGAGAUGAUCUACCGCGCGGCGGCCAUGCGGCCCGUGAACCUCGGGCCCGAGGCCGUCGGCGCGGCGGGGGCGGGCGCGGAGAGGCCCCGGCGGAAGAACGUGCGCAUCUCGAGCGACCCGCAGACGGUGGCGGCGCGGCUGCGGCGCGAGCGCGUGAGCGAGCGCCUGCGCGUGCUGCAGAAGCUGGUCCCGGGGGGCAGCAAGAUGGACACGGCGUCCAUGCUCGACGAGGCGGCCAGCUACCUCAAGUUCCUCAAGUCCCAGGUCCAGGCGCUGGAAACCCUAGGCACGACGACGGCGACCAACGCCAACAGCAGCGCGAGCGCCACCACCAGCAGGAGCAGCGCGGCGAGCAGGUCGCCGCAGUACAACUAUUACGGCGGCGGCGGCAAUAAUAAUAAUCCUGCCGGCUUUCUUGGAUUCAGUAACGUUAUUUCUCCGGCUGGGUAUGUAAAUCCGGGUGGAUCGUCGUCGAAUACUGGCAGCAACAAACUGCUGUUUUAGUGACUGUUCUUGUGUGAUUGUUGUUUGUCGUCCGGAGCGGACGAUGCACAUACACAUGCAUGCAUGCAUGUUGCUGUUUCACAUACGGCCGGCGUACGUAGCGAUGAUGAUGUGAUCGUCUACCAUGUGAGUACCGAGUGUACUUACUACAUAGUAGUAGUACUCUAUAGCACGGUGUUUAAGGUUGUAGCUACGCAUAUGUAUGUGCAAAUUAAGUUGGGAUUCGGCGCA